AUGUCUAAGGUGGAGAAGAUUUCGGAAACCCAAGAGGAGCAAGCUACAGCUCCAAAAGAACUCAUGUUGAAAAUUGAGUUACCUCUGGUUUUGGAUACGGAGCAAAAAGAGUUGUCCAUCACCUCCCAUUAUGAGGAAAAUGUCGCCGACUUGAGACAAACAUUUGCGGUAUUACCAAAAACUCGAAACUUGACAAAUUAUUCAAUACACGUGCAAGGUAUUGAUGUUGAAAGUCUUGGCGAAAUCGUUUCAUUUGCCGAAAUUAUCGUUGCGUUACAGUUGGGAGACGUGGAACAGUUGCGGGUGCAAAUCAUAGCCAAAGCGUACAAUUUGGCUUCAGUAUACGAACAGAUUAGUAAGUUCAGAGAUACUAUUGGCCUACACUAUAUUGAUAGUGUCUGUACUGAUAUUGGCUCUCAGGGGGGUGUUUCUAAGUUCAACAGUAUCGAGUUGGACCAAUUGAAAGUUAGAGAAGAACCCCAAGGUGAAAGCAAGGGGGGUUCAGAGAGUAAAGAGUCAACACCAUUAUCCAAGGAAGAGGAAGGUCUUUUGGCUACAAUUGUUGAUUCAUUGUCUGUCGAAAAGGGUACAGAUUUAGUGAGCGAAACCAAAUUCGACAAAGUAAACAACGUUGUCAAGUUACCAAUAAGAUCACUCAGUAUCUCCCAAUGGUCACCUGUGCCCAUAUUUCAGAAUAAUAAGGGUGACCUUUUGUAUUUGACUUUGCAGACAUUAGAAAAUGAAACUUUCAACAUUACUUGUCACUUUUCUGGGUUUUUUGUCAACAAAUCGUCAACAAUUAACUUUAACCCCAAUAUCAAAAUCAACGAAAAGGGUAAAUUUUUCAAAAAUUACUUAUUGUUUGAUUUGGUUUCUUCGUUAUCACCAUUGUUUGCUUCCACUAUUGUUGAAAAUGAGGUUAAGUUGACCACUUCAACCGAAUAUCCUGAGUCGUAUCUUUUGCCCUAUAAUUCAUUCCUUGCCCAUCCUUGGAUUGUGGAUGAAUCAAACUUGAAAAGCACCCCUGAUGUAUCUAGAUCUCAAUUGCCAUUGAUCAAUAAUGGUGUCGAUGGGUCUGAUUUUAUUAAGGAAUGGAACAAUGAAUUCCAAAGUAUUAAGGAGCUUCCAUCUUCGACUUUUCAAGAACGGAUUAUUCGCGACAAGCUUAUUCAAAAGACAUUGUUUGAGUUUACAAAGUCUGCAACUGAAACAGCCAUGCAUAUUAUUAAAGGUGAUAUUGCUCCUAUGAACCCGACUGAAGAGGAAGACAAGUAUAUUUAUUUGAAAAAUGGAGUUUUCUACUCUACUGGAGCAUCGACUGUGGAUGGAUUUGAAAAUACUGGUGCAGAAGAAGCUUCGAGAUACGUGGCUUCUAAAGAUCUCGCUGGUGUUAAAAUCAUCAAUAGACAUGACGUUAGAGGAUUAUCGACAUUACUUACCUGUGUGAUUGACUAUAUGGGGAAACGAGUAGUUUGUCAAGCACCAGUUCCUGGAAUUUUGGAUGCCACAGUUGGCGAAGAGGAAGAAAUUCAAGAAAAAGUCAAGUAUGGUUCUUCGUCUGAUGGGUCAAAGAUUCUCGAAGAUGAAUCAUUUGAGGAACCUUUGAAACAGGUUGGAGAAAUUUUCCACUUGAAGCCACACAAGGUAAAAUUAUCUGACGAAAUCCAAUCUCAAAAUAAAUUGGUUGUUUCAAAGGACACCAAGGGAUUAACGGGAACCGAUGGAAGAAAAUACGUUAUUGAAUUGUAUCGUACUGCUCCCCGUGAUAUUGAAUUUAUUGAAUCAAAUUUUAAUCCGGAAGAUUCCCAAUCUUAUCCUCACGGAGAAGCUUUGCUUAGACAUGAAGCAGUUAAUGAGUGGUGGAAACGUAAAGUAUCGGCCCUUUUCAAAGCUGAGACUGAAAAAUUGGAAAAAGAAGGUAAACUUGACAACAAGGAAGGUGAAGAAAAGCCCCAAAUUGCAUUACCUACUGAUCAAGUUGUGUUCAAUCCUGAUGCAUUUUCAACAUCUUUUGAAUCGGAUCAAGAUAGAGAUGAAGUGAGGGAAGUUUCCAAGUUUAUCAAAGACAAGUUGAUUGUCGAAUUUUUGGAUAAUGUGAAACAACAAUUGCCACCUUUUGAUGGACAACAGUUGACUGAGCAGUUGCAUAGACAUGGUAUCAACAUGAGGUAUUUGGGAUAUAUUGCUGAACAAUUGGUGGCAAAGACAAAAGAGUAUAAGCUGGAGAUUGAGAAGUUGAUUUCGGAAAAUGUUGCGUUGGUUAAAAAGGUUAAGGAAGAGGAAGAUCAAAAGAGAAAGGAAGAGGAAGAGAAGAAGGAGGAAGAGAAGAAGGAGGAAGACGCAGAAGAACAAGAGACGGAUUCAAAUGCAACUUAUGAGUUAGCUAUUGCUAAUUACAACGCCACUUAUACCAUUGCCAUUCAUGAAAUGAUUGCCAGAGCAUCUAAGCAUAUCUUGAGAAAAUUGAUAAAGGGAGUCCCUACUUAUCUUGUUCCCUCAGCAGUGGCCCAUUUCCACAAUUGUUUACUUGGUGGUGCUAUCACUGAGCAACCAGCGGCUACUUUGGAUGACUCCGUUGCUUCAUUCUACUCCGAUAAUGAAUUAUCAUUUACCAAACUUGGACAUAAACAAGUGGUCAAUUUAGUAUCUGAUGAAGUCUAUGCCAGAUUUAGAUUCAAGUUGCCUAACAAUUGGGUCGAUGAUAUUGUUCGUAAACCACAGUUGUUGCGAGAGAUUGCCUUCCAAUUUGGUAUUCAAUGGAAAUCGCAUAAUUAUGCAUUUACCAAAGAGCAAUUUGAUGUCGCUGAAGAACAAGUAGAAGUUGAAGUAGUUGAAAGGAGGUCAACAUCCUCAUCCUCCUCAUCUUCAUCCAAGAAGUCAAAAAAGAAGAAUUCUCCCCAGUCACAACUUGUUUCCAAGUUGAUCAAGCGUCAAUCGACUUUCAUUGCCGAUGAUAUUGUUUCAUUCACGCCAAUCAUUAAAGAUUCAUCGUAUAAAUCAACCAUCAUUGAUGAAAUAUUCGCUAGUGCUAGAGCCCAAUUAGUUUCAGGCGAUAAAGAAGUUGGUAUGUCUAUGUUUACUGAAUUGGCGGCCAUUCAUGAAUCCAUUUAUGGCAAAGUCAAUCCCGAAACUGCCAAAUUCUACACAUUACUUGCACAAGUUUACCAAGAAUUAGGUAUGGAUUAUGAUGCGGCAUUGAUUGGUCGUAGAGCGGUUAUAUUGUGUGAAAGAUCAUGUGGAUUUGAUAGUCAUGAUACGAUCACUGCCUAUAUGAAUCAAGCAUAUUUCGAAGGUGGUAAUGAACAACCAAUGAAUGCUUUGAAAUUGUACAAACAAGCAAUUGAUACCUGGUCAUUGGGGUAUGGAGUCGACCAUCCAGCCAUUGUCAAUACCUUGAUUAAUUCUUCAGAAGCAUUAAUGAAGGUGAAACAAUACAAUGGAGCUAAGCAGUUGUUGCAGCUUGCAUUGAAGUAUAGUCAAGACUUGAACAAUGGACAAGAUUCGGAAAUCACGGCCUUGAUUUAUUUCCGAAUUGCCAAUGUUGUCGUUGCAUCCAAUGCCAUUGCCCAAUCGCAAGAGUUUUUCGAUGUGUCUUAUGCCAUGUUCCAACGCUUGCUUGGUCCUCAUGAUGCAAUGACGAAACAAGUUGGUAAAUACCAAGCCAAUAUUGCGUUAUAUGUUGAGUACACUAAAGCGCAAGCUUCUAGAGAAAAGAAGUCGGCAAAAUCAGCAGCUGCGUCAUCGGGAGCCAAUAGAGUUUUACAACAACAGCAACAACAAUCGAAAGCUAAAUUUGCAUCCGCAGUUAGUGGUGGUAAACAUCACCAUGCGCAUGCAAAAAAUGGGCAUUCGAAAAAGUCAGCCCAGGGUCCACCACAACCUGAUCCAUCAAUUGCUAAUAAAUCAGUUGAUGAGAUUUUGAAUUUUAUUGAAGGUCAUAAAAAGGCAUCAAAAAAGAAUAAAAAGUAA